AUGGUGGACUGGGCCUUGACUGUCAAACGAUUCCUCAUUAUCGGUGAUUCAAACCUUUCCCGGAUCCUGUCACACGAUGUUGAGGACCUACAGAUUGACAGUUUCCCAGGGGCUAAUUUCAGACAUGCCCAGGCCAUUCUAGACAAAUGUAUUGCCUUCACCAAGGUGGAGAAAUUGGUGUUGGCCUUUGGACUGAAUUGCCGGGGUCAAAAAGCGAGGAAACAUGAGAGAGAAAAAGAGAAGAACAAAACUCUGAGGAACAUCAUCACCUGGCUGGAAAACGAGCUCAACCGCUGGAGGAACGGGGAGAACGUUCCUCUGGAGGAGCAGCUCGAUAAAGAAAAGGCCAAAGAGGAGGUUCUGCCUCUGGACAACAUCAUGAACGAGAAGGCAGCGUCCAGCCCCAACACGAGUCCAACUCACCGACGUCGAGAAAGAAGAAAGGCCAUCACAGAGGCAGGAGUCCCGUGCCCCAAAGACAAAGAUGAAAAACCUGCACAUUACAAAUUCAACAACUGGGCGCUGUUCGCACAGAACCAGAGUUCUGGGAUGAGGUUCAAUGAAAUGUUCUGGAACAUGGGGAAGGGAAGCAUGAGGAGCUUCUUUAACGCUCUGGACAAAACUGAGCCGAAGAGUCUGACUCUGACCAAACAGGUGCUGAGAGAGAGAAAGCAGCUGGAGGAGGCUGUGGAAGAUCUUCAGAGGAAAAUCAAAGAGGCUUUAGCCAAACAAGACGAGAUCAAACAGACCGAGGAGCAGGUGAAGAAGCACGAGGCCGAGAUCGAGAGGAACAAGGACUUUAUGGUCCCUCUAAAAGUCACGAAGCCUGUUGAAGAAAACAUCUCAGGAUCAGGGAAGUACAUCACCAACUGCCAGAAGUGCCAUCACACGUGUCAUUUCCCAUGUGGCAUCGCCGACGACAGAGACAAGAAACACUGUGACGCCAUGGAUGGAAAUGGAUACUGCAAAAAGUGUCCAGGAAAAUGCAUCUGGAGCGAACACUACAACCAGAAGGACCAAUGGAAGUACGAAGAAGUCACCGAGAUGAAGACUGCAGAGGAGAUUAAGGAGAAGUGCCUCAAAGGAACCGAGGACAAGAAAACUGAAGUACUCCACCUGCUCAUCGAGGCUGAGAAGAAGCAGCGUGAGGCUGGAUGGGAGCGGAGGGUGGAGGCCCUGGAGGAGGAGAAGCAAAAGGCUGAACUGUGCUCACGAGUCGCCACCGGAGGAGAGUUACUGUCCUUUCACUGA